AUGGGUAAUUUGUUGUCGCUGAUGGCUAUCUCUAGAUCUAAAUACUGGCAUACACCUAAUGGUUUACUCUUAACUAAUCUUGCUAUAGUUGACUUUUUACUUGGGUUGAUAUGCUUACCGCUAGUAAUUGCAGUAGCUUAUGCAGGUCAAAAUGUUCCAACAGUUUUAUGUCAAAUUCAAGCAUUUUCAUUAGGAGUUCUCAAUUGUACUUCUAUCAAUACUGCUGUAAUUAUCAGUAUCGAUCGCUAUGUAGCAGUAGCUCAACCUUAUUAUCAUGCUGCAUCUGUAGGUAGAAGUAAAGUUAUUAAAGCAAUCGUCACCGCUUGGUCACUAUCGGCAAUAAUGUCCUCGAUACCAAUUAUCGCUCAAGGAAAGUAUGGACUAGGAAUCUAUGAUAAUCGAAAUCAAAUAUGUUGGUUUUUUAUGAGAGAUUAUGCUAAAAAUCAUAUCAUUAAUAGCAUAUUUAUUACAGCAAUGUUGUUAGCUAUUGCUAUCGUUUUAUUUUGCUAUGCAAUUAUGUUUGGAAUUGCUUAUCAGAAAAGUACUGCUACGCCUCUGUAUCAUUUUGGAAGCAGCUACCGUAAUAUUAAGAAAACCAUUUUUACUACCACCUUAAUAGUGGGAACUAAAAUAAUUUGUUGGCUGCCAUUAUCAGUUGUCAGUGUUCUUGAUGCUUGCACUACAGUACCAUUAACUUCUUUAGUAGGAAUUAUGGUUUAUUUCUUUGCUUUUGCCAAUUCGGCUUUAAAUCCGAUGAUUUAUAUAGCUACUAGUAGUACUUUGCGCUUAAAAGUACUGCAACUUAUCCAUCGAAAUCGUCGAGUUAAUAAUUUAGUCACUGUAUCAAGCACUUUCACCAGAAAUACAUAA